AUCUGUACAGACAUCACACCAACCAACUCGCGCGCAAAGUGAGAAGACUAAGUGAAAGCUUGAAAUGAUAUUAAGAAUGAUUUUGAUUAAGAAACGGGCAAGGUAUAUUCCACAAUAGUGCAAAUAAUUGUGAAAGAUGAUCGCGGAAAAGCAAUUGCGUGACCCUCGGUGAGUUGUAAGAUGACAUAUUAUCACGUAUCACACAAAAAUUAGUAUAAAUUCUCAGUCUGCAAUUUGUACCCAGCCCACAGUCUGCAUUUUGUACCUAGUCUGCAUUUUGUACCCGAUCUGCAGUCUGCAUUUGGUACCGACCGGAUUGGUGUUGCUGUUCUUUUUUCGAGCGAGCCUCAAGCCUAGACCGAAAUAUUAGAGCUCGAAAAAAACAUUUUAGUGAGACUAUCUUGGCCGCCAUGAUUGAUUAUAAAAAGGCCACUAGCUUAUCUCAUUUUUAGCUCAUUCAUGCUCAUUUUGUAUCACAAGUGUGAACUGUAUGUUGAAGAGCUCCCGUAGAAAAGCACAAUCAUAGAGCAAUGAUUACUUUAUACCAACUGAAGACGAACGCAAAUGCGCGGCAUACCAGUGUGGCUGCAUGCCUCUGAUGCUCUUCCUCGUGGUCACGGCGUGUGUUGAAUGAACCCGCUACGUGCUUUUGACUUUCACUAAGUGGGGAGGAGUAGCAUGCUUCCGUUCACGGUACACAAUGCAACUUCCGUCUACGGAAUACAACUUCCGUCCACGGUCUAAAAGUUCCGUAAGCAUCUGCUUCAACAAGAUCCUAAUGAAUGGACAGUGAAUCUUUAGGUCUCAGUGCUGGCCGAUAUUCUCACGUUUGACACUUCAUUAAAAACAUUUCCUCUGACAUUUUUCAGCGAGGCAAAUCGUAUAUUAUUAUUGCAAUCCUUUUUUAUAUUUCUUUAGUGCACGUAGAGCUCAUUGAACUAAACAAGUUAAAUACUUAUUCGUCCGUUAAUAAAUAAACAUGCGGUUAAUCUUCCACAAACUCCCUCCGCGAUGCAUAAAUUUCGUCAAUCGUGACUUUUGCCUCGUAUCGUGAUAUAAUCAAUCCAACGUUAAUAUGAAAUAUUAAAGCUGCUUGCAUAAUUUUGAUUCUGCCGUUCGCCUGUUUGGACCUCACAUUUGGCGAUUUCGUUCUUAAGCUUUGGAUGUAUAGAUAAAAGCCAUAAAAGAAACAAAAUUUCAUACAAAGAAAGUUGAAACACCCGUUCAGGAAAACGCUCGGUUGGCAAGUCCGGCAAUGAAUAAUAAUCACAGUGAUAAGCAAACUCGGAGAGAGCUGCAACUUGUAUUAAAAUGCUGCUUAGAAACGAAGCGAUUAUACUUAAUCGAGCUAAAACGAAGACAUUGUCUAAGCUUUAUCCAAUUUGCAUUUGGUGAUGUUACUACCACGAAUGUUCAAUUGUAUACUGCGCCAUCGUCAAGUGAAUCAUUUUCGUUCUCUAAAGUUAGUUUACAAAUGCACAUUGUCUGUUGGUCGCAUCUCGAUGACAAUCGCAUCUAUUCAGUGUCAACUCAAUCUUCUAAAAACAAGAGUUCUUAGGCACUUGUCCGCUUUCAGGACCAGUUUCGCGGCCGGAUAUCUCCCUGUCAACAGGUGUAUUUUGGCCAGUGAAGUUACAUUUUCCAUGAGCCGAUUAAUCUAACCUAGAUGUCUCUUCCUUCAGAUAUAGUCCUUCUUGGGCGGAGAAAAUAACAUAAAAUAUGACCGAACUCACCUAUCUUAAACAUAUGCUACAUGUGAGCUAUACACUUUGUCAUUAAACAAAAGCGGUUAAUAUGAUGCCAAAGCAAACAGUGAAUAAGAAUUAAAAGAAAAAUGAUCAAUAAGAAGAACAACACUGAUAAUGAUAAUGACAAAAAUAUAAAUUAUUGUGAUGACGAUAGUAAUGGUAUUAUUCGAAUCGAAAAGAAACGAAGAAGGAUGUCGCUGUAAAAUUAUAAAAUGUUACGAAGGAUUCUUGAGAAAGUACUGUUUUAGAUCUGUAAAUGUUAAACUACAAGAAAUUUUGAAUUUUUUCCAAAUUAAUCCUGGUGUGAUUGUUCGUUAUUUUCGUUCAUUAUAAGAGUACAUGGUUUCCUUUGGUAGGCUGCCUUACUUAUUUAAGUUCACAACCCCAAAAGUAGUUUCACAGUUUUUUUGUAUCAAUGUAUCGGCGAUACAUUGAUACAAAGUUCUUGUCAAGCUGAACAAUCCAUUUUUUAAUGAUAAGCACUGAUGUAUAGUAACUUCGCUUUCUCAUCGCAGGAGUUCUUUAUAACACGGAAAAUUCAUUUUCUUUUUGAAGUAGAUUGCAUUUCCUUGCCAACGAAAAAGUAAGGUCUAUUUUUUUUUUUGGUAAAUUUACGAGCAAUUUUAGUGCUGUUCAUUUUAGAUUUUGUUUGUCUCUAUUAGCAAUUUCGAAAAAGUAGCAAAACAAAUGAUGCCAUUUAGUUACUGAGUAGUUAAGAGACAAAAUUAAAACUACAUGUAUUCGGUGAAAAAUAUAAUUUUUUAUGAAUCAUGGAUUCGGGUUAAAACGAGAGUAUGCGGAUAAGUGAAAGAAAACAAUGAAAUCCUAUACAUUUUAGCAGAAGUUUUGUGUAAAAUCGCCAAAUUCGUAGAGUAGGUAAAUGAAGAUACAAUUAGUUAAUGACAACCAAGUUCGACUUAUGGCCCUCAGUAUCGUACGUUCUUCUAGAAAACAACUUAUUCAAUUUUGAAUAAACAAUCCCAUUUGCAGGCCACUUCAAACAUCCAAACAACAAAUUUGUCAACGUGUCAUGAUGAUGGGUAACUUUUGUCUUCGAGAAGCGUCAACGUGUUUGGCACUAUUAAUUCUUACCAGCCCUUUAUGGAAUCUCCCAUUGGUCAGAGGUGAAACAUGCGAUUCCAAAAUUAAGAGUAAGUAGUGUUUACUUCUUUUUAAACGUCCUGGUCAAAGAGCAUGUAUAUGCCUAUAUUUUUUUCUUGUAUGCGCAUUAAAUGAAUGCGUGUAUGUGCAGAAAGUGUAAAAUGGCUACCAAAAAAACAGCUCUCAGUCAGAGGAUCCAAAGGUAUCUUCAUCAAAAUGUUUAGCAUGUGUAGAUAAGAAAGGACGAAGAUAAACUCUUGACUGAUCCAGCGUUUAAAUAGACGACGUCUCGACCUUGGGCCUACUUCGGGUGGAACAUAAAAAAGCAAAAAUUAACAUUCAAAAGCUGCAUUCAAAAUUCAAAAUUAACAUUAAAAAGCUGCCUUAAAACUCUUGAUCGGUCAAGAGUUUGUCAACUAAACUUGCUAAAUUUGUAAGAUAGAUUUAUUGAUAAUCUUUCUCAUAUACAAAGAGAUUGUGCAUUAUUCAUUUUCUUUUAUCAUUAUUCAAUCUCUCCAACCCAGUCAGACCUGUUGUGGACAUCUCUUCAAGUCCAGAAAAUAGCACAUUACCCAUUGGUGCCUCCAUUACCCUGAAUUGUACAGCGGAGCCCAGAAUAGAAGAUGCAACGUAUCUGGAUAGAUAUGUCGAUUAUAUCGAGUGGUACGAUCCACAGAAUAACAAAGUUGUAGCUAAGUGCGAGCAGCCUUCAGGAAAAGGAAAACAACGUUUAAGCUGCCCAUUAGUGCUUAAAAAUCUGACAGUUGACAAAUUUGGCCGCUACAACUGCCAAGCCGGCAACGGUUACACAAAACACUGCACAAGGAAAUCAUUUGAAAUAGUGAUUCAAGGUAAGUAAACCAGGCUUAUCAUACCCUUAGUAAACAAUUAUUCCACUUGUGCUUGUUGGAUAUGCGAUGAUAGAUGGCCAACGAGGCUUAUAGGGCCGAAUUGGCUAUAAUCAUCUCGUAUCCAACAAACGCGAAUAGAAUAAUUGUUUUAUAGAAGACGCCUCAAAACAUAUAUACAAAAAUCUUCCCAACUUUAUUUUGCAUGAACAAACGGAACGUUACAAUGUACCAAAACACUUCCGGUUUGAUUCGUCUUCAUGCUUGCACAUGGUAAAAUGACCCAUAGCCCAUAAUGGCUAAUCCAAUGAAAACUCUUGAAUUGCAUUAUCCAAUGAUCCAGUUUUAAAUAUAUGAAAGUAAACAUCAUUUGUUUCUUAAUGCGAAGGUAGAUGCCGAUGAUGUUUAAUUCAGGAAUAAGGGGCCUCGAAUAAUCAGCUUCUAAGAAACCCCUGGAAUGUAUGGACAGGCAAGUCCAAUUCAUAAUUCAUUGCAAAAGGAAAAUUCCGCUGUGGUCAUUGGCUAACAAGGCCCGAAAUGCACUGUUCAAAGAACGAAAUUCUUCACGCUGAUAACGAUUAAAUUUGAAUCAGGAGCACUUCGAUUGACCUGUCCUAAUGCAUAUCAUAUUACUUGGUACAGUGGAACCUGUAUUAAGCGGCAAUUCACCGGGAAUGGUGGUGACCGCUUAAUUUAGGUUGACCUUUUAAUACAGGCUCCACGGAUAAGGAGUUUUAUUAUUAAAAAAAAAUGAUAAAAAAAUGAUAAAAAACCAAAAAAACAAAAACAAAAUUGAAACAAACACAACGCCACUAACGCCACUGUUAAAAUUGACCACUUAACGUACAGAAUCUCGAUCAAAGAUACUAUUAACUGGGCUAUAAGUGGCUAUUAAAAACAGGUGGAGGGCAAUACAAAGAGGCCGUUGGGACUUUGUAAAGGUUGACUACGACCGCUAAGUAGAGGUAACCGCGUAUUACCGGUAAAAUUAUGGUGAUUAGAGGGAGACAAACUGGAGACUUUGGCAACCGACAAACACUAAUGCAACCGACUGCUUAAUACAGGGUGGUCGCUAAAUACGGUGCCGGUGAUGCUGUAGCAGAAAAAAACCUACAUAUUCCUUGGAAGAUGAGAAAAGAAUUAUUUUGUGAAAAAAAAGAGGAAUGAUGAUAAUUAAAAUGAAAAAGGGAAGAGGUUCAUACCCCGGCAAGGGAGAGUUGGCCUGAAAUAGUUCCUUCUGGGUACCUGUAUAAGCAGUUCAUCUUCUUGUGUGGCAUAAAAGUAUGAUAGUGAAAAUAUCCUCUCGUUCUGCCGUCAUUUGCUUAUGAAAUUAACUUCAUACCAGAUUAUCUCAGUAAUAAAAGGGGAUAUUUAUUGCAAUGUAUUUUUUCCCUACAGGUCUUGCACCAGAGUUAGUAGAAGUUCCUCGGAACCAAAGCAUUGAUAUAGGGGCCAAUGUAACUUUCAACUGCACCGCCACAGGUCGUCUUAAGCCAAGCAUCUCAUGGAUCAAAAACAGUGAUUCAUCUGCCUUACAAACCAACUCAAGGGUGACAUUCAGUUCAAGUUAUAACAAUUCAAGUUCAUCAAAAAACCACAAAACCAUGCAAAGCCAGCUGUUUAUUACAGGAGCGAAGAAAGAAGAUUUUGGCAAAUAUCAAUGUGAGGCCAAAAACAGUGCUGGUAAAAAUUUGUCGCUGCCAGCUUUCUUAACCUUGAAAGAUUCAGGUUAGACAUGAAUAUGCAUUAGUGUAUGUUUGUCCUCCCUAUCACUUCAAAGUUGAAAACCCACGAAGUCUUCCCGUUGCAUGUCAACUCAGUCUCCCAGUUGAAAUUUCCCCAACACCAAGUAAGCGAGAAAAGCUCGGCUUUUGGAUGAUUGCCUCUUGGUGUACAUUUCCGUAGAUUGUAAAAACUCUCGGAGUGUCACCAGAGUAUCAAGAGCUAGAAAAUGAGCAGUUUUCUGUGAAAUGUUUAUACAAAUUUUUUAAGUUGUCAUUUGAGUUUCACCCGGUCACUGUACCUCCUCAGUCUUCUUAUCAUCAAGACUCCCCUUUAAGUUCAAUUCUCUUCAAACCGGGUCAUUCGAGCGGCAAAAAAGCCUUGGGCCCCGACAUCCCAAAGAAAGAUCACAAAUGAGACAAUUCAUAACGUCCCAUUCAUUCAUAUUACUUAAUUUUGUUUCAAUUUUCUAGAUGACCAGAAACCUGAGAUCGUUGAGGGUCCAAAGAACCAAAGUGUCCUGAUCGGUUCCAAUGCUACCUUAAGCUGCACUGUUAGGGGUCUCCCAAGGCCAACAAUCCGCUGGAUAAAGGACAAUUCUUCAUACCCUUUACAGUCUAAUCUCAGAGCACGUGUCAUUCCAGACGGGCCAACUAAUCGCAGCCAGCUUUUUAUAAUGAGAGUACAGACGGAAGACUAUGGAAAAUAUCAAUGCAUUGCAAAUAAUAGCAUUGGAAGAAGCCAAUCAGGAGUGGCUGUCUUGAACAAAGGUUAGGUGUUUUUUAAAUGGAAGGGAAAAAAAUAGGGUGAGAGGGGUCCUUCUUAACUACAAGUGCUGUUCUUAAGAACAACGUAUUUUUUAUAAUUUAUCCACAGCAACUCCUACUCUCACCCACGUGAAAAGAGAGCCAGAAAAUUCAGCAUCUCAGACAACUAUAGUCGCUGUAUCAUGCACUUUGGCAGCUGUAGUUAUUUGUGUAGUCACUGGGUUUGUGUGGAAUCGGCGUAGAAAUCGUGAUAAGGAGGUAAAUAAUGCGUUACGUGACAUCCCCACACAGAGUAAUGAUCUCCUCUGUCCGUCAUGCGACUUUGCUUGUGCUGGCGUCUAGACGAAUACUGGGAUUGACCAGCCAAGAACCACGCAGUUUUCUCAGGGGUUAAGAUGCAGAGUCGAGAAAAACUUCCCAAAUUCAACUGAUUAUUAUCAUUAUUAUUGUUGGUAUUAUUAUUAUGAGCUGUUUUCCCUUUCAUGGCGAUUUCCGUCAGUUUGGCUUUAUUUGGCAAAAUUCGGCCUUUAAAAUGAGUCAAGGCUUUGGAAAAUGCCCAUUUCUGUCCUUACUUGGUCUACUCCAAAUUGUCCUUUCCUCCACUUUGGGUCUGUAAAUGCCUCAUGCAGAAACAAGCAAGGGCUUGCGUGACCCAUAUUAAGGGGGUUUAUGAAGCAGUUCAAUCUGAAAAAAAGCUAUAUUCCUUACUUACAUACCUUAGAAUUAUCACAUUUGAGGAUUAUCGUCGUGAAAGAUGGUGCGUCUAUUUCAGCUAAAUUUGUUUGCUUUUUUAUCAAAAAAACGCUAUGUAAAUCGCAUACGACUGAUAAAUCAGAGUGCGAGAGACUUCAGUUCGUCCAGUUUAAAUUCAUGAUUAUGAAGGGGACUCAAACAAGUGAUGAUGAUGAUAAAUCUUGGAUAGAUAUCACAAUUGCCUAUUCUCUUAAAUCAUAUGACAGAGACGAAAACGUGCAAUAAAGGUGUAUCUGGAAAAAGGCCAACAGUUGAAAAAUGGGAUACAGGACCUUGAAAACUAUCGCUCGCCCAAUAGCCAAACCAUCGAAACCCCCGAGGAAAGGCUCCCGUUAGUAGGGGAUAGAGUAGGGGAGAGACUGCCUCCAGACGGAAGCGAGCAGGAUGAUUUGGUGCAAGGAAUAAAAGAAAGAGGUCAAGAGAGAUUAGAGUCGGGUGAGGGGAUUGCUGGUGGUCACAUUUUCACAGCUGAUAAACACUUAGGUGUCGACGAACAGCGGGAUUGUGGAGAGAUAUCUCAAGGGACCGAGGAAGAAUCUGAAAACUUGGAAAAUCUUGAAGUGUUUGAUGAAAUACUCGGAGAAGGCGAGUUUGGAAUCGUCUACAAAGGUCGCUAUGGUGGGAAAGACGGAAACAUAACAGAUGUAGCUGUGAAAAAGCUAAAAGGUAGGUACACGAAAUCGAAAUGUCUAUUUGUUAAUUCCUGAGUACAGUGGUAUACCUCUAAACUGAUUUUUUCUUUUUCGAAGCCAUGCACCAUCUUGAUUUUUUUCAUCAUUUUCCUUUUGGUGGAAAACACCCAUAAAGUCUGCUAUUGCCUCCUCUGAACGCUUUCUGUAGCCUUAACCAAGCCAGUUUUUUCCAUACGUAAUUUUAUUACCAUAGCCAGAUACGAUGAGCGAACUACGUAAAAUGAAGCAAUUUAAGAAAUGCCCUUGUUUUUUUUUCUCUACGUCAUUGUAGACCCUAGUGCCAUUGCCAAAGAAACCCUGCUUAAUGAGAUAAGGACCUUAAAGCAAGCUGGGAAACAUCCUAAUAUUGUCACUUUGAUUGGCACAAGGAUAGAGGAAGGUAAGUCAGUUUUCGACGAUGCAAUCCCGUCUUAGAAAUAUGCGUGUUUACUUGGUGAUUGACAGUAACAUGGUAACGUUCCAGCCGUGUGUAAGAUCAGUUAGAACAGUGCAUGUACUGACCUUAUGAUUAAAGACAGAUGAGUACACUUAACUGUUAAAAUCUGUGCUUCUUGAUCGGAAAAAAAAUUUUUUCUAAUUGGGCUAGUUUCAGGGAAGUUCAUAUGAAAUUUUUUCCUGUUUUUUUAGGCACCAACUAAACCUAAAUUACCAACGAAUCAUCUUUUGAUCAACCCAAGGUGCCAAUAAUGUCUAAUUUCUUUCUCUUGUCAACUCUAAUGUGUUUGCUCUACUCUCUCAAGGGAACGUUUUUGUGGUCACUGAAUUGAUUCAUGGUGGCAGUCUGGAAAAUCUUUUAAGGGCGCCAGGGGAAAGGAGCAAUUAUCAUAAUGUCUGCUGUAAGCUGAAUGACCGGCAACUGGUCACAAUUGCAUUUCAGAUCGCCAUGGGAAUGCAGCACUUAGAGGAGAGAAAGGUAAGACGGCUGGCAGCGUGUAGAGGUGUAGAGGUAAAUUUUCCAACCUUCCAUUAGAGAUGACUGUUCUCAAGAGAUUAGAGACAGUUGAUAAUCUCUUGCUGCACUAAAUAUAACGCGGGCAGUUCGAGGUUUUGAAGUGGCUUAAAGACAUAUUGGCGAUCUCUGGCAUUUUGGUUUAGGCCACCCAAUCAUUCGUGAGGCUCUGUUAAGCAAAUAUUUAUAACGCAGGCAAUUCCAGUUUGCAAAUUGUCUUCAGGACACCUUGAGGAUCUUUCGCACUUUCGUAUAGGUCACUUCAUCCUUGAGCGUCUCUAAGCAAAAAAAUUAUACAUUGUCUUCUCUCAUAGUUUGUCCAUCGCGACUUAGCAGCGAGGAAUAUUUUAGUUGAUGCCAACUUGGUGGCUAAAGUUGGAGACUUUGGAUUAGCCAGGGACAUAUCCGCUGCUGGUAUAUACACCAUAACCUCCAGCGUAAGUACGCUUUGCAAUCAAAAUCAACAACUAAACAGAAAAAUGAAAGAAACUGAAAUGCAUUUAAAUUGAUACUCUUCCUCGGUACAAUUGAGCAGAAGAAAUUAAUUUCUUCUAACGACAUAAUUUACAUUGAAACUCUCCACGAGCUGUGUAUUAUGUGACACGUCUACUUAACUAAUCAUAACAAUUACAAUUUCUUCAAAUGCGAUUGAUGCACCAGGCGCUUUAUAUUUCACAAAUUUUCCGUAGAUUUGUAAUCAGACAGUUGGCUGUAAUUGGACACCUGUAAUCGGACAGUUUAAGCAGCCAAUCCUACCCAGCCAAAUCCACCGAACACAGAAUUGAUUACAUUAACUAUAGAAACAACCAUUUUACCCAAAAAAACUGGGGAGUUUCGUGACAAACAAAUCGGACUCCCGCUUCGUGGCCGUCUGAUUUGUUAAUCACUCGUAUAAUCACAGACCGAAUUGGACUCUAUUCGGUCUUAUUACGAUUAUUAAGUAUGGGAUAGUGUCUGAACCUAUGAUAAUGUUAAUAACAAUAACAAUUAUGGGCACGGUAACUAUCACUCUGGUUUUUUACUGGAAAUCAGUAAUAAUUACAAACCAUUAUAUAUCUUAACGUCGAAAAAGAACUCGCUUACUAUAAUGAAUGCAUCCUUCCGUUUCAUAAGUUAUCCGCUUCACAGUUUCAAAGGGCAUUGCCUGCACUACACACAGUAACUUGCUCACAUGAAUCUAUCUUUUCAACAGGGCAAGGUUCCGUGGAGAUGGUCGUCGAUAGAAUCUCUACGAGAUCUGCAUUUUACAUCCAUGAGUGAUGUGUAAGUUUCCUUUUGUCUUUGUCAGUUUUCUGUCCUUUGACUUCGAGUGAAAGUAUUGCCUAUUUGAAAGGAUUUCCGAAAAAAAAACUUCUGCCGUGCGCUCGAUUAUAUCCCUUAGAAAAUUAUCAUGGUUACAUCUGGGCUUUUUUUUACGUUUUUUGUUUGUCUUCAUGUACAUGUACAUGCAUGGUGUAUCUAUACCUAUUUGCAUUUAUGGACACACCAUGAGAACUUAGCAUGACUUAAGAAAUUCCUUCCUUCAAAUCGAGCAUCAUAUGCACAUAUCACCUGAUUGAAAUAAAUACCACAGGCAAGGUCCACAUAAGAGGAAAGACUCAACGAAGUUUUGAGUGAUGUAAAUAUCCAUUAAACACUAAAAGAAUACAACGAGACUCGAUCUUUAAUCAAUUCAGCGCUAAUCGUUCGAAUUCUUUACUCACUGAAGUUAUUAACCCUUUCACUCCCAAGAUCUCAUUGUUAAUUCUCCUUACUGUCUGCCACACAAUUCUUUAGCUUCUAUUCGGAGAAUUUGGUAUGGACUCAACUAAUAAUCUCUUUAUUGGUAAUUUUUUUAAAAAUUAAACCGUCUUUUUUUAAAUCACAUCAUUUGCCUGCUUGAUAUUGUAUUGAUAUUGUAAGGAGAAAUUCUGUUUUGGGCUAAGGCCUUGAUGCUUAUUUGCAGGUGGUCUUUUGGUAUCGUUCUAUGGGAAAUCACCACUUGUGGUAAGUGUGAUGUGUUACUAUGUACGACUUAAACGACAUCUUAUGAACUACAAAUCAUAUUCUCGUCAUGAGGCUCCAAUCCGUAAAGCAGCCCAAAGUUAGCAAGGCUCUUCUGUAAAGCUAAAUAUAUAGACACAAGCAUUUUCAUUUUGGAAAUGACCAUUGCCAGUCAGACGAAACUAAACAAGAUGAGAAGACCGCUUCCAGGUGUAGGUUGUGCUCGUGUCAAACAUUUUAUACGUGCUAUAUCUUAUUUAUCACAGUGCUGCACUUAAUUUUAUCUACCUAAAUCAUCCACAUAAAGUCUUUGCAAGUCUCUAUUUAUUCACGAAGUUAUUGCUGAAAUACUUAUUGUCUUAAAUGAUAUUCUUUAAAAACUGAAAUCGUUAAAUCAUAUCUUAUUUCCGCCAAACAGGUGAGUUGCCGUACCCUGACAUCACAUCACCAAUUGCCUUAGUAACUCGACUUGCUUCGGGAUACCGGAUGCCUCGUCCCGAUCGAUGUUCGGAAGAACUGUAAGCUAUAAAGUCCUAAAUAAUGCUAGUAAAAUUCAGUUGAAUCAUUGAAUAUCAAGAAGGCUUUAAAAAAUGGACGUUUACCUGCCGGAUUUUUCUAAAAAUAAUUGAAAAUCGUUUUACCUUUCGAGCAAAGUCUCGCAAGAUCCGUUGACACUCAAUAUUUCUCGUUGAAAAUCAAAACGAUGCAUUAAGCUAAGUGAAUCAGUCGUGAUGAUUUAAUAACAAUUUAUACAUCAAAUCAAAUGUCACAUUCGGCCAAUAUGUGAUCUUUCCAAUGAUCAUUGUCAUGAGUUCAAAAUCCCCUCUUUGCACCCCUUUCCACGCUUGGUAUGGUCCAUUCAAAUGCUGAGGGUAUCAGUUGCAAGACAAUGUUAGCUAAUACUGUAUUGAAUUUUUAGAUAUGAGCUCAUGAGUUCUUGUUGGAAAGAAAAUCCUUUGAUGAGACCAGCCUUUUCGCAGAUCGCCCAGCAGCUGAAGAAUUUUUUGCGAGAAGUGAAGGUAAUUAAUGAUUGUAUUUAGAAGCUUUCCAUUUCUUCCUUCCUUUCGCUUUUCUCAAAAUUAUAUCUGCCCUCUUCUUCCUCCUUCCAUUUAUUCAUUAUGCUUCCCUUUACCCUUCCAUGGAUCCCUCUGUCACUCUGUCAGUCCUUCUGAUAAACCUUUUAUCUCCAACUGCAGCUAUCGACCCAUCCAUUCGUACACAUACUCAUCCAUCCACUUGCUUUCCGUCUAUCGAUAUGACCUUAACUUCCAUUCGUUCCUUCAUCUGCUUAUUCGUAAGUUCAUUCUUUCUUAGAUUUAAUUCUUAUACGGUACAACCGUUAUUUCUAUCCUUAUUCGUAUUUUUUUUGCGACUAAUUUAUUCAGAGGACAUAUACAAAUAUCACAGAGUUCAACGAUGGAGAAGCUUGAUGAUACCCUGACGCUGAAGCAAACACCUCAUUUUAUGUAAUUGAUAGUAGGAGGAUAACCACGAGAUCUCAAAUAAGCACAUAGACUCAAAAAUUUAGAAUCAAUUUUUUUCCUUUGUGGAGGAAAGUUUUCCUCACAAUAAGUACUGCAAAUCUUAGCAUAGAAUAAAACGGUGCAUCCUGUAAUACUUACAAUGCUGAAGUGGCCAAGAAAAAUCAUCGCUAUCGCGUAAAUAGACUAGAUUAGCGUGGAUUGCAUUAACUCAGAAAAAAUCUAAGCACGCAUCUGAUCUAGCUUAAAACAGGUCCUCCUUAUCAGUGCUACCGCACGAGUGCUUUCUUCGCUCGCAGGCAGGCUACUCUUCUUCCGUGCUCUAGCCGCUUCCAGCGUGCUUUACAACAGAAUAGAACACAGUCGAGGCUUCUUUAUUUGUUAAAUAAAAGAUGGACCAUUUGAAAGGUAAUGACUUUCGAAUAAACAUUUAACCAUAAAUCAGGGUCACAGAGAGUGUAAGGGGCAGAGUGUGACACGCGACACAAGACAGAAAUAAUCUUCAGCAAAAUAACAUCCUAAAAAGUAUCUUUACCAGAGUAAUGAUAAUCAUAUCAACACGUAAAUGAAGUGAAAGUGUGUUGAGAGAACA